AUGUAGGUUUUCAACCUGUGACCCAAAUGUUGACGCAAGGACAGUCGAAACAUGACUCGAAAUUUGUUUUACCGAGCUGCUAAUAUUGUCCAACUCAGCAGGUUUACACUUCUAGCUGGGUCAAGGUUACUUUGCACGCAAACUCAAGCAGAGCCACCGACUGUCAGACAGCAAAACAAUGGAAUAAGGAGAAUAAUCCUGAACAACCCCAAAAAGAGGAAUGCCCUGUCUCUGUCCAUGCUGGAAUCACUGAGAAGCAACAUCCUGGCUGACAUCGACAGCGACGACCUCAGAGUCAUCGUCAUAUCAGCUAAGGGACCAGUGUUCUCCUCUGGGCAUGACUUGAAGGAGCUGACAUCAGCACAGGGCAGAGAUUACCACACCAAGGUGUUUCAGGCCUGCUCAGAGGUUAUGACCCUGAUACAAGACAUUCCCGUGCCUGUGAUUGCCAUGGUGAAUGGGGUUGCCACAGCAGCAGGAUGCCAGCUUGUUGCCAGUUGUGACAUUGCCGUGGUGACGGAGAAGUCCACCUUCGCCACGCCAGGGGUCAACGUGGGUCUGUUCUGCUCAACACCAGCCGUGGCAAUAGGAAGAGCUGUCCCCAAGAAGGUCGCCAUGGAGAUGCUGUUCACAGGAAGCCCGAUCUCGGCACAGGAUGCUUUGAGGCACGGGCUGGUCAGUAAGGUGGUUCCUGAGGAGCGUCUAGAGGAGGAGACGUUAGCCAUCGCACGGCGGGUCUGUCAGGCCAGCCGGCCCGUUGUAGCCCUUGGCAAGGCCACCUUCCACAGACAGAUGGCCCAGGGAUGGGAUGCGGCCUAUGCUACAGCCUCUCGUGUCAUGGUGGAUAACCUGGCUCUCAGAGACGGACAGGAGGGGAUACGGGCCUUCAUAGAGAAACGGAAGCCUGUGUGGACAAACAAAGCAGAGAAGGCCAAUGACGAGUGAUGUCUGCUGGGCUGGCCUACCAUGGCCUGUGAGGGGUGCACGGGCUGGUGAGGGAUGCUCGGCCUGCUCGAACCAGGGACCCUCUGCACACAUCAACAACUGACACCCUCAAAGCAUCGUUACCUAUCGCUCCACAAAAGCCACAACUACUUCAAUGUCUCAGAGCGAGUAAUAGAAUAAUAGAAUAGAAUGUUGAAUGAAUAGAACUAAUAGAAUGUUAUGUAUAUGGGGGAUACAAUCUUCCCAGCUCUGCAGAUUCUGCUGUAAGGAGGCAGAGUCAAUAGAUCAUUUAUUUUGGUAUUGUCCAUAUGUAGCUCAUUUUUGCUCACAGGUCCAGGAAUGGCUGAAGAAUUGCAACAUUUGCCUAGAAAAAAAUAUAUGGCAAAUAGAAAUCCAAAAUGGAUGAUGUUGAGAGAUAGAUGGGAGAGGUUGAAUGGAGCUGAAGGGUUGGACUAAUAGCAAGAUAAAACAUGUAAAUCAUACGGGGUCUGUAAAAUGUAUAUAGGUUCAGAACUUUUGUGAAAUAGCACAGUUACAAAUAGAAAUCAAACUGGAUGGACAUCAGAAAUAGAGGAAGGACUAAAAACAAACAAAUAACUUGUAAAACAGAUUGUGUCUGUAAAAUGUGUAUAAGAUGUAUAAAUUGAAGGUAAAAGCCGAAGUGUUUAUUAGUUUACUCCAAUUGGGGGAUCGGUGGUAGGGUUUGCGGGGAAUAAUAAAGGUAUAUUAUUUUUAAAAGUAUGUAUGUCUAUAUAGGUAUGUGUAUAUAUAUGCAUGCAUGUAUGGAUAUAUAUAUAUUUACCCCAAAAAUAUAUGGGGGAUUGGAAAUGAUGCAGACAAUUACAUUGAUGGAACCAAUAUUCUUUCCGCAACAUUAAGCUGAUCCACCACCCCUUAUAAAAUAAAUGUUAUUCUUCAAAAAUCAAUUGGGUAUAUAAAGUGCAUUCAGAAAGUA